AUGAUAACAUCCUCGGAAGAUACCCAUCUCUUUGAAGGAGGAGAACAACAAGUCAAUCAACAAAUCAAACAAUGGUUUCAUGAUUUCCUUCGGCAUGCUCUCGUUGGAACGAACACCUCUUCCUAUCUCAUUGCUCCUUCGGGAAAGGAACCUCUCAGCGAACGUUUGAAAAUUCAAUUCUCUGAUAUUCAUACCUCUCAUAGCGUGAGUAGUGAGAAUAAUGGAACAUCAUCGAGUCCAAUUCCAUCCGCUCGUAGUGUAGUCAUUGAUUUUAGUCAUAUCAUGAAUUAUGAUAUGGAUAUUGCCAUGACGAUACGGCAAGAAUUUUAUAGGUUUGAGCCUUUUCUUACUGAGGCAUUGAAUAUUGUGUAUAAGGAAUGGAUUCAUUCACAAUCAUCGUCUUUGAGAAUGAAAUUGGCAAAUUCCAAUGAUGUCAAUGCAUCCAUGAUGAGCAUGGCCAUGAAUGAGAGUGUAGUUUUUGGGUCGUCAUCUUCUUCUUCUUCUUCACCUCAUGAAAAUAAUUCGACCAUUCAAUUGAAAUUUGUGAAUUUACCAGACAUGUUACAAAUUCGUCAACUCCGAAGUGUACACAUUGGUCAACUUGUAAGCGUGAGUGGAGUGGUCACACGAUCCUCAGAAGUUCGUCCAGAACUCGUCGAAGGAAUUUUCAAUUGUGUGGAAUGUGGUACAGUUUCCGAUCCAAUUCCUCAACAAUUCAAAUAUACAGAACCAUCCUCAUGUGUCAACAAAACGUGUACCAACACCAAAAGAUGGCGUCUCGAUAUGCAUCACUCCCGAUUUGUGGAUUGGCAAAAAUUAAAAGUUCAAGAAAAUACUCAUGAAAUACCAUCAGGAUCCAUGCCUAGAACUUUGGAUAUCAUUUUAAGGAAUGACUGUGUGGAAUGUGCCAAAGCAGGAGAUCGAUGUCUAUUCACUGGAACGCUUUUAGCAGUGCCUGAUGUUGGAAAAAUGUUUGGUGGAGCUCAAAGUCAACUCAUUAAUGCCAACAGUCGGAAAAAGGGUGACAUUGAGAAGCAAGGUGUAAAAGGUAUUAAGGAUUUGGGUGUUCGAGAAUUGACCUAUCGAUUAGUGUUCUUGGCCAAUUCUGUAGAAGCCAUCGAUCACAACACGAACAAUGGCCACUCUUCAAGCGCAACAUCGACAUCAUUGAGUACGAAUAAUGGCGAACAAGAAACACAUGAAGAAUUUAUGAAACGCUGUACAGCUGAGGAAUAUGAAAAAAUCCUUAAAAUGUCAAAGGAUGUGAAUAUUUAUGAAAAUCUUGCUGUCUCGCUUUGCCCCAGUAUUUUCGGUCACAAGAACAUCAAAAAGGGAAUUCUUCUCAUGCUUUUUGGAGGAGUUCACAAAGAAACAGAGGAUCACAUUCAAAUUCGUGGUGACAUUAAUAUUUGUAUUGUAGGAGAUCCCAGUACAGCCAAGUCACAAUUCUUGAAAUAUGUGGCUCAUCUCAUUCCUCGUGCAGUAUAUACAAGUGGUAAAGCUUCGAGUGCUGCUGGUUUAACAGCAUCAGUCGUGAGAGACUCGGAAAGAGGUGAAUUUACCAUUGAGGCAGGAGCACUUAUGCUUGCUGAUAAUGGAGUUUGUUGUAUCGAUGAAUUUGACAAGAUGGACGCGAAAGAUCAAGUAGCUAUUCACGAAGCGAUGGAACAGCAAACAAUUUCAAUUGCCAAAGCUGGUAUUCGAGCCACUCUGAAUGCUCGUGCCUCCAUAUUAGCUGCUGCAAACCCUAUUGGAGGUCGUUACAAUCCUAGAAAGACCUUGAAGGCAAACCUUGGAAUUACACCAGCCAUCAUGUCACGUUUUGAUUUAUUCUUUGUCGUGCAAGAUGAAUGUGAUGCCGAAAUUGAUAAGAAAAUUGCCGAACACAUUGUCUGUGUGCAUCAGAAUAAGGGAGCUUCCACUCUUGACAAGACCCUUGACGGUGCAACACAAAUUACUGUUGGUUCCAAUACUGUACAGUACUCUCCUGAAGAUAUCAAACUCUAUCUCAAGUAUUGUAGAACAUGUAUACAUCCACUAUUAUCCCUGGAAGCUCAACAAGAACUUGUGACACAAUAUAAGAAAUUACGACAAAAUGACAAGGUCGGUACUAACUCGUAUCGUAUCACAGUAAGACAAUUGGAAUCAAUGAUAAGACUUUCAGAAAGUCUUGCUCGAUUACAUUGUGAAAGUCGAGUCGAAGUGAAUCAUGUUCGAAAAGCUGUUGAAUUACUGAAAACAUCCAUUACCAAAGUUGCAAAAUCUGACAUUGUAUUGAGUGGAACAGGUGAUGACGAAGAAAUUAAUGGAGAGUCACGAUCGAGUAUUCUUGCACUACGAGAGAAAAAUCAACAAGAAUCCACUCGAGAAUUGUUGCGAAACUUGAAAAAUCAACGACGAAAGAUUGAGGCAGCUCUCGAAUUGGCACGUGAAAGUCAAUCCGAGGAAGAGCAAAAACUCGGCGAAAUUGAAUCGCAAGCUGAUAAGCUGCGCAAUAGUAUAGAUUCUGAUGAAAUUGAUCCUGAAGAUAAAGAUACACAAGAAGAGCAAUUAAUUGAGCUCGAAAAGAAGAAACUUCAAAUAACGAAACGUGUCACAGAGGCACGAAAGCGAGUAGUAUUACUCACCGAGCAACUUGAAAAGGAAGUUGAAAAAUCUCAACAAUUAAUACAACAAGAAGAGGAUGAAUUUAUGAAAGAUCAAGAAGAAAUAGCAUCACAAAAGCGACACACAAAUGACGACGACGAAAUGCAAGAGGAAGCACCUCAUUCUGAAUUCGAUCCACAGACAACAGCAGCAACUGACACAACGAAUUCAGAAUUACAACCUCCUCGAAAAAAGAAGAAACAAACCAAAGCAAUUUCAACAGAGGAAUAUACCACAUUUUGUAAUCGAAUUGCUUCCUAUGUCCAACUUCAAGAAUCCUGUUCACGAAAAGACAUUAUUGAAUUUUACAUUCAAACACAUGGAUCGACACUUUCUACUAAAAAGGCAAACAUGUUAGAACAAUUAUUAGACAAGGUUAUUGACAAGAUGAAUAAUGACAGUAUUUUGAUCAAGACAAAUAUUCGAAGCAGUUCCAAGACUAGUAAUCGAAUGGAAGAUGUAUUUAUUAAGAAUUCCAAUUUUGAACCAACUCUUAUGUAA